CAAGGAAAAUGGCGUGCAGAUGGAGCUUGCGGCCAUUUCGAAUGUCAUAAAAAAACCUGUCUUAUUUUUACCUUGAAGUAUUUUGUUGGCCUUAAAAAAUAACUCAACCAUUCUUCAAUAGUUGGCAAAGAAGGAAAGGAAACAAUCCAAGAUGUCUGAACUAUUGGAACAAGGUGUGACAAAUUGUGUUGCGAUGGAAGCUAAUCCUGAGAAACUUUCUAACAAAAAUGGUCAUAGCUUAAUUAAGGAUGUUGGAAAGUCUUCGUUGAAAGAUAGUGGCCUUGAUGAUGGAGAUGAAGGAGAGUUAGACUAUGACGAGGAAGAGGGUGAACUUCCCGAAGAAAAACAAUUGGAAGUGGAACAACCGACGGCUGCGGAAAUCAACAAUCUAAGUGACAAAUUGGGGAAAGUGAUGGAAGAAGGGGAAGUGAAACUAAGCAAUGCAGAGAAACCUACGGAGGAAGGAGAAGUAAGCGAUACGGAGGAGGGAGAAAUGAAAGAGAGCGAUGUUGAAGAUGGGGAAAUCCAGGAGGAAGGUGAAGAAGGUGAAAUAUUAUCAGAUGAUGAGGAUAAAGGAAAACAAGAUGGUAAAGUCACAAAGGAGGGUGAACUUGAAGAGGGUGAAGUAUAUGAACCAGGACAACAAGAUUUUACGCAAAGAAAACUUUGCAGAUACUACAGUAGUAACGGCAGCUGCGCCUGGGGAAUGGGUUGCAGGUUCCUCCAUCCUGGUCAAAAUGACAAAGGUUCCUAUGUGAUGUUACCUGUACCUGGUAUGUACCCAAAACCAAAUGUAAAGACCCAGACAACUGAUGAGAAACACGCCAGGCCACAAUCUCCGACACAGAUCUACCCGGAGGAACCUCGUGAGGAUAAUACGGUGACCACACCUAGUGAACGCCUUGCGACAGAACGGCUGUUGCGAACUACAAAAGAAUCCCCCUGGGAGAAAGGACUGCGGUUGGCAAAAGAGCGUAAGAAACUUGCACAAGAGAAGCGAGGUUCUGACGCGGAGUUUGAACAGAAGAAGAUGACUUUGGGGAUAACUGUUGAUAUACGAGAGCAGGAAGGGAACAAGGAGAACGUGCGCAGGGAGGCACGUGAUCUACGGAAUAAAUUACUAAAGAAAGAAAGGACAAUGUCGCAGGAUGAUCAAAUGCGACGAGGAAGAGAAGGCGACUCACGGUCGAGACCAAGUGAUGAGUCAGCGUACAGAACAGCUAAGGAAAAAGACAAGAGAAAACGACGGGAGCAAUCAGGGUCCCCGGAUCGGAAAGAGGAUGAUCGUCGACGUCGUGAGAAGGAGCGGGAAGUUGAGAAGGAGAAACUUCGCGAACAGGAACGAGAGAAAGAACGAGAGAAGGAGAAGAUAAGAACGAAGGAAAGAGAGGAAAAAGAGAAGAAAGAACAGGAAACACAGCGAGAGAAAGAAGAAAAAGAUCGAGAAAAAGAUCGGGAGAAAGAGAAAGAAAGAAGACGACAGCUUGCCGCGGCCGCUGCUGAGGUCACAAAGACAACCACAAGAUUCGGUCAAUCAGGCGAUCAAUGGGUCGACCCAUGGCGUCGGGCGCCGUCGCCCAAAACCCGAAGGCGAUCUUCGUCGACCUCGUCUCAGUCUUCUUCAUCUUCCUCGCAGUCUAGUUCCCAGUCCGGCUCGCGUUCUCCUUCGCCGUCGAAGUCGAAGAGUUCCGAACACUCGAAGCAUUCGGCGACGGAAUCCGAAGCUAGCGAGGACUCGGAGAGCAGCUCAUCGGACGAAGAGGAAGAGGCUGGUGAUGAGGAAAGAAAAAGCAUCGCAUCGCCUUCGCUUCCGCAAAGUGAAAUUCCCGAAAUCGUGGCAACAAAUGUCUCCCCUCCAAGAGCCAAGCGCGAGGAGGAUAAAAGCCGUAAAGAUAAGUCAAUCGAUGUUGAGUCAAAGCCUAGCAAGAAACCGGUGAUCGAAGCUGUUGAUAUUUCACCACCCCGUGAAACUCAACGUAGUUACAAGCCAGGGCUUGAAAAGCCUGAUGUGAAAUCCAAGUCAUCUGAGAUUAAGGAGAAAGUAGAAAAACAAGAGUCUUCGUCGCGGGCAGCGAGUUCAGAGGCGAAGAUUCCGACGGUCCGCGACGCGAGUCCGAUCAGCUCUGCCAGCAGUGAUAGCGAGAGUAGCGACGACGAUGAUGAUGAUGAAAGUGAUAGUGAUGAAAGUGGAAGCGAUUCUAAGGACAAUGAGGACGAAGAAGAUGAUGAAAAGAAAAAGAAACAACACAAAGUGGAAAAGAUGGAAGUUGGUGAGAAUGAAGUUGGAAAAAAGUCGGAUGUCGGUAAAAAGCCGGAGCCGGCGAGGAGAGAGAGCAAAAUAGAAGAUAUUUCCGAUGACGAUGAAGAUGAAAAGAUGAAUGUUGAUGAAGAAAGUGGUAGUUCGAGCGAAGAAAGUUCGAGCGAGGAGAGUGAAAGCGAGGAGAGCAGCAGCGAAAGCGAAUCGGAGUCUGGGAGCGAGGAAGAAAAUGAAGGGAAAAUGGAGGAAGAUUCUCAUGCACCUAGGGAUGAGCGAUCUGCGCAUAAAUCAUCUUCACGAGCUGUGGAGGUUGAUAGAGAUAGAGAAAAACAUGAAGAACAUAGAUCGUCCAAGUCUACAUCAUCAUCAAAGUCAUCAGAUUCCCGGAGAUCAUCGGAUCCUAGAAAGCAAUCCGAUACACGCAAACAUUCCGAUUCUCAAAAGCAAUCCGAUCCCAGGAAGCAGUCACGAUCCAAACAGCCCUCGCCCGGGCAUUCCACUAGUCUGUCAAAAAGCAGCGCCGUGCAUUCUAGUUCAUCCAGAGACAAUCAUGCGUCCAACCGCCCGAGUCACGCAUCGUCAUCUCGAGCUGGCGAACAAAGUUCCAGUUCGAAAAUCAACCAUAUCAGUAGUUCCGGUUCGAAAUACGAGUCACGCGACAAGACACGUGAACAGUCGGGUGAUCACAGAGAACAGUCACGUGAUCGCAGGGAGCAAUCACGUGAUCAUCGGGAACACACACGUGAUCAUCGGGAACAAUCACAACGAGAACAUUUACGUGAUCAGUCACGGGAGCAACCACGUAAACAAACCGGUGACCCGCGGAAGCGCACACGUGAUCAGAGCGAAUCGGGCAAUCAUCGCGCGGACGAUCAUGCGCAAAAAACGUCAGAAAAGACUAGCACGAGUCGGAAUGGUUCGAAGUCGCCUACGGGCGGGUCCAGCCGGCGCGAGGAACUCUUGCGAGAACUAAGAGCCGUUGAAAACGCUAUAAAACGCAAAAAACGCGCAAAGAUCGAGUAACAUAAUGCAAUUUUUCAUCAUUUUUUUAAAUUACGUGCUGCUUCCCUCUGUGUGAAGCAAUAUCAUCUACACUUGUACUGAUAUGAUGGAGUUUGAAUCCCCUCCAUUAUCACCUGUUUUCUAAAUGGUUACACCAGGGUGUGCGAGGUUUCACUACAUUCUGCUUCAAAGUAUAACGCAGAGAUCCCUUCCAAAGUGAAGUAAAACAAUUUGUAAACAUAUAAACUCUAAGAAGAUGUUUUUCACCUCCAAUUCAGUGGGUGCAUUCUACGGAAGGUCUUAGAAAACAGGAGUGUAACCUUGGGUCCUGGGUGGGAAAGGCUUGUGUAAAGCAACAACACUGUUCAUGGCAAUUAAAUAAAGUUAUUUAUUGGUAAUGCAUACAAUAAU